AUGAUUGCUCUGUACAUGAGAUAGUACAAAAUAGUUGUUAAUAACUGUUUUCUACAUUAUUACGACUCAGAAUGUCUUUUCCAAACAAAGAAGAUCGCAUAAAGUGUUGGAGUCGCAGGGACGAAUAUUGGCAAUGUCUUGAUGAAGGCAAAUCUCAAGCGGAAUGUAUAGAAUUUAGGAAACAAUAUGAAAAAUUCUGCCCAUCUCAAUGGGUGAAACAUUUUGAUCGUAAGCGAGAUUACUUGAAGUUCAAAGAGCAAAUAGAGACGGGGGGGUAUGUUCCUGAACAGCCAAAGGAAACAUAAGACACUAAUCUUUCGAUUUUACUGUAUUCAU